AUGAACGUCUUCGACGAGCAGAGAGGGCGCAUCGCCCUGUACACCUCACCACGGACCAAGGAGGGUGCCACCAUUGCCAUGCUGAUCCAGCUCAUCGGACAACACCAUUGCAUCCACCUCGUCCACAGCGUCAAAGAGAUCAAACGCGACGAUGCAAGCGCAUACACCAGCCUCCCUGUCCUCUUCGACGUAACCAGCGAAGGCAAAAAGACCGGUGCAUCUGGCGUGACCGAUAUCGCGCACUACCUUCUCACCCAAUACGACGCCGAGCACCACUUUUCGUACAAGGAGGGGUCCAAGGAAGCAGAGGAGGUGAAUAACUGGAUCGCGUUCCUGAACAAGACCAUCCACAGCGAUAAUUCCGAGGAGUUGUACACGCGUAAGGCGCUGCGGCUGUAUCUGCAUCUCGAGGAGCAUUUGCAAAAGGCGCGGAGCCCGUAUCUGGUGGGCAAGAAGUGUACACUGGCGGAUUUGGUUAUCUUGCCAUAUGUUGCGCGCGCGAGCGAGGCGAACCUGGAUCUCGAGCGAUUCCCCGAGUUGACGACUUGGCAUAACCGUCUGGUGCAGAAUCCUCAUGUGGCCAAGGGCAUGAAGGAAGUCUAUUUGAAGGCGUAG